AUGAUCUCUUCCAGCCUUCAGUUGGCCGUCACGGCCAUGUUGACCAUGACGUCGACAGUCUCGGCUCAACCGGACAACGCGCAGCUCGGCCACGGGAGGCUUCUCCCGCGUGUCGUCUGCGCUGAUGCGGGCGACACACCGUGCGAUACCGAUUGUUGUGCAUCAACCCAACGAUGUGCCUCGCUCGCCAUGGUUGGGUGGGCAUGCUGGGAGACCGACACCGCCUACAUGUCGACAUACACAGACCCCGAUCUCAAUACCAUGUUGAUCACAGCUCAUGAUGGCUCUGCCACCCUGACAACCACCACAACUGAGCCUGACCUCAGCACCAUGCCCAUUUCUGCCCACGGAAGCUCUUCCAUCACCGGUGCCCCGACAUCCAGCAGAACUGGAACCGCCGCCGGUGCUACCACAACCACAAAUAACGGUGAACGUGUUGGAUUGAACAGCUUCGGAUUGGUCAUGAUGGCAGCUAUGCUGGGAUUGUAUCUCCUCUAGUUAUCAGGCACCUUCAGAAUAUCGUCCACAAACACCACCUGCCCCGUAGCAAUAGACCUAUUCGCCGC